UACUUUGUCCACCUGUGGGGGCGCAGAGACCAACUGGCCACCUGUCCAGGAGCAGAUAUUAAAAAGAGAUCAAACAUUUGUUGAAAUGCUGUCCACACAUCAACCAGUGAAAGCCACGCAUUGAUGAGGACCAGAGGGUCUGAACGCCAGGUCGACCCCCCUCGUCAAGUCUGUGUGCACGCGGGGCGGCGUCACGCGGCCUGCUCUCCGACCAAUCGCAGCGCAGCAUGCGGGAGGACUCUGCGGCUGAUGUAUAAUUAUUCCCAACAAAGCCUCCUGUGUCCUCUGAAGGCAACUCCUCCACAAACAAUCCCUCAACAGCUGAUGAUGGGGUGGCGGGGACGGGACGGGAGGGGUGGGGGGGGCAGUCGCCAUGGUUACAGGAGCUGGGUGAUCCCGGUUGGUCGAUGCUCCCGAGCCGGGUAAAGGAGGCGCUGGAUAAACUUCCUGUGUGUGUUUCGGUUAUUGGAUCCAACCUCUAAUGUUUGCAGUGCCAUGGCCAGGGCCUGAUUAUAUGGUGGCAUAAUAUACUCUUCAGACCGCAACCCCGGAGGCGUUUAAUGGUUCAUCCUGAGCAAACAGAGAACGAUACGACUCUUUUGUAAUAUCAGAAACACUGUACCUGAAGCAACACGUGCUAAUGGUUUGGUGGUGUAUGUCUGUCUUUUAUACGUUCAUUUCUGUGGAUUUUAUUGUUUGAUUUUACGGUGCUUUGCUCACCACCUCAAGAGAACAGCAAACACAUAUUCAGCCCUGUGCCCUGACUGAGAACUUGAACUAGCCCCAUUGUAGUUUAACCUUAACUGUUCAAUUCUGACCUUUUUCUGCCGCUGUGUGGAGCAGCGUUGAGACGUACUAGGUCUAGGAAGUCUCACGGUAGCCUAAUGAGCUAAACACAGAACCAGUGUGUGUGUGUGUGUGUGUGUGUGUGUGUGUGUAUGUGUGUGUGUGUGUGUGUGUGUGUGUGUGAAUGGCCGCAGAUGACGGUCACACAGGUAACCAGGUGUUAAUGUGCACAGGGCCCACAACAAAGGGAGUGUUUUGCAUGCAAAGUCACCUCUGCAGGUCAGAGCGUACCAGACCAGUAAAACUGAUUCAGGUAGACGGCAGUGUUCCCAGGACAACGAAACACCUUCCUGUUGACACCUGGAGGCAGACAAAGGGUCUGGAACCCAACGUUUUUUCUCUGGGGGGUGGGGGGGGGGGGGCGGGGUUUAGGGUUUCAAUCAUUUCAAUUCAAGGCACCAUCUUGAUUCUUCCUGACCAAGUGGUGUGAACACAAAGAAAACACAAUCUCAAUCGGCCUCGCCAGGAGUCAAUGAGGUGACCCACAUUACCUGAACACCCGCCCCCCUUUCCUUCUAUUGGCUGAGAGUACGGAGCCGAGACGGGCUGUCAUGCUAAAAACGAUAACCUGUUGUCUCCACUCGCACGUGAAGUCAUUUUAAUGAUGCACCUUAAGCCUUCAGGGGGAACGGAAGGCCUCACAGCUCCAGAACGUUCUGCAGCCCAGAUCAUGAAUCAUUCAUGGAUUCAUGACUUAUAGCACAGCAUGGUUCCUUGGCCUGCUCUGCAUGGUGAAUUAAAUAAAGAGAGGAGGAGGGCCAUAGUGCAGGGGUAGAGGGACUUUGAGCUUGUUGAAAGGUGUCCAGACGGGACCUGAAUCCUGUCGGCAUGACGGGAUUACUGCACGGGUCGUUGCCGGGUCGCAAGCCUCUCGCCCGGAAGUUCAUAAUUUGCAGCGUGGAUAACUAAUCUCCAUUCUUUCCAUCUGCAGACCCCACCACACCCCCCACCACCACCACCACCACCACCACCACCAGCACCACCACCACCACCAGCGCCUGAGCGAGAGAGCGAGAGAGAGAGAGAGAGAGAGAGGCGAGGGAGAGAGCGCGCCAUCCCGCCAGCAGAGGGAUCCAACGUCCACCGCCUCCGAGCCAUGGACCAGCCACAGCAGGUGUGGAGCACCCAGCUGGACCCGGGCCCCGGCGAGGCGGGCCCCAGCGGGGGCGACGGCGACAGUCGCGCCUCGGUGUGCAGCCAGCCUGAGUGCUCCAUCUGCUUCAACACCUACGACAACGUGUUCAAGACCCCCAAGAUGCUGGACUGCACCCACACCUUCUGCCUGGAGUGCCUCUCCCGCCUCAUGGCCGUGACGGGCGCCCCCGACCAGGGCCAGGGCGCCGGGGGCGGGGCCGACGGGAGCGCCGGCCCCGCCCCCGGCGCCGGGCAGCUCUCGUGCCCCUUCUGCCGCCAGCACACCACGCUGUCGGAGCUGGGGCCCCCGGCGCUGGCCACCAGCAGGGAGGUGCUGUGCAAGCUGCCGCGCCACCAGCAGCACGAGGAGCCCGUGUGGCUGGAGGGCGAGAAGCUGUGCUACAAGAGCCCGGACCCGGACGCCGGCAGCGCCCAGAGCGCCGGCCGCGGCCCCUCCUCCUCCUUCUGCAUCUGCAUCGACAUCGGCGCCAACAAGGCGGCCGAGGCGGCGGCGGGCCAGCGGCGGCGGAGCCCGGGGGUGUUCGAGCGCCUGAACGACUGGAAACGGCUGCUGGUGUUCGUGCUGCUGGCGUUGGCGCUGGUGGUGGUGCUGCUGUGGCCCCUGCAGUGCAUCCUCACCACCGGCAACAUGCACUGCAAGACCGACAAGCACGUAGGCGGCGACACCCCCAGCCCCACCCCCCCCCCAGCCCUGGCCCUCAGCUCCUUCGGCUACACGACCGCCGCGUCCCACCGCUGAGGCACCGGGGGCGGGGGUCGGACGACCGGCGAGGGGGCUCUCUCGACGCGGUGAGAAGCGACGCACGUUCAGUGCAACGGAUGUGGGGAUGGUGGCCGUGAUUCAUCUCAACGGAGGCCCAUCGAGUGAUGUCACCAUGGGAAGGUAGGACAGGGACACAGGGAGGGAGAGCCACAUGGGACAGAGUGUCAGAACGCAGUGCUGGAUCACACACGCUGGGCGGAAGAAUUAUGUAUUUAUGUGCCAGGUACCUGCACUUUAAUUCACUGUGAAUGGAUGGACGAAUGGCAAAUGUUUUUCUCUCUACCACACGUGGAGCCUAUUUCUAUGUGACAGGUCACGGACAGAAACGGAGCAGACUGAACUACCGUCUUGUCAGAGGCAGUUUACACAACACCAACUAAAGUUGACCGUUGAUUUCAGAAUUUGAACCACAAACCUAAUGACUGUGUACAAGCCAAAUUUGUAACAAAUGUGAACUAACAAAAGGAAAAUGUUCAGAAUUUCUACAUACUUUUUCCUUCCCAUUUCUAAAAAAAAAAUCAAUCUUGUACUUGGGUGACAAUCGGAAAUUAAAAAGUGUAUAUAUUGUGUAUAUUUGAUUUGUGCUUUUGUAUUUGAUACCUGAAUUGUCAUAAUAAAACAAAACAACAAGUGAGAAAGUAUGAGUACACUUAAAUCAUCAGCGUUGGGGUGCCUAUAGGGACUGGCUGGCACCCCAACGUCGCUCUGUCGACUUUAUGGCCGUAGUUUAUGACUUGUCUGCUCUGUGUGUUUUGGCAAGCGGCCAAGCCUUCCUUGAUCCUAAUCAAAGGUUUGUCGUCCCGUCAGAUCCUGUAAAUGGUUUGUGGGGUUUCUCCACUGGUUAAACUGUGACAAAGGGCUGAUAAGGAUAUAAUUACAUUUCCUGAAGAACUGAAAUUCGGGAAGAGGUGUUCAGACAUAAUAAAGAGUCUAUUUCCUCCUACUCCUUCGCUAAUUCGCCUCAAAAAGCUGUAAAAAAAAAAAGGGUUAGAAAUUCUUUUAUUUUAAAGAUAUUUUUUUAUUUAUUUAAUUUUGUAAAAUAUUGUUAUUUGGGAAACAAUGCUGUAGGCCUACACCUUUUUUAGUUUUAGUAUUUUUUCUGCUAGUUUAAGUUUGUAUGUUUGAGUUGAGAUAGAAACAUUUUAAAAUGAUCAGUAAUCUGUGUGCAUUUCCCUUGAUAACCAAGCAAGUAGACUCAUGUCACCAUUUGUUUAUCAUAUCGCAAUCGCAAUAUUGUCCACGAUAAUCGCAAUAUGACUGUUUCACCAAAUCAUGCAGCACUACUUACAAGUAACAAAAGUAGAUUAUUUCAUGAUUCACCUUUGAUUUAAAAGCCUCCGUCAUAACGGUGAUGGUAUUUAUGAUAAAUUACUGAAGCUCAGGUGGUCCACCUUCCCAAAUAAAGCUGUAGUUGUUCCAAUAUAGAUUUUUCUUAAAUGGGACCAGUUUGUUCUGUUCUGACAGAUCCACACAAAAGACCAUAACAGAACCUCACAGAAAACGAUUUAAUAAUGACCAUUUAGCUCAUGUUUUCAGCCUAUCCAGAGCCGGCGAACUGAAUUCAGAGAGAAGACUUUGGGGUCAGGCACCUUUCUCAAGGAUGCCUACAGCUAGCCUGCAGAUGUUGGGGUUCGAACGUUUACACUCAGAACCUUUCGGUUUAGAGUUAAACACUCUGACCAGAACUAGACUCUCCUGCCCUGAAUAGCACAAGGAGUCUGCUAACAGAGAAAGAGGUCGUUUAGACAUAACAUUGCCUUAAAGAUUUAUUUUUCAUUUAUCGUCAUCAUCACAUCAGCAUUCGUUGCCCGUACGAAGAAGAAGGCUUUGGUGCCGGAAGGAGGGCGCCAGGACCGGGCUAGGAGUGGAAGCUACUACCCCCCCGAACACAACCUCUCAACCGCUCACAUUGUGGGCCUCAUUCACCUGGCAGCCAUCUUGGUUCCAUCUUGAACGUGAACGCCCAUUGGCUAGCGUUUAGAGCCAAGAUGGCAGCUAGCUGAAUAAGACCCAUCGCAACUAAUUAGAUUAACGACUAAAUAAUAACAACCAUAAUUAUAAUAUUAACGAUACAAAAAAGAUAAAAUAUCAUAUUCAAGUAAAUUUAAGAACGAGUGAGAUUGUUAAAGUUGACCCCCAGGUUCACUGGUUUAACUUCACAAAGUCAGAAAAGAACAAUAAUGGCUCACAUCAUAGAAAACGCAUGAAUGGAUAAAACAAUUAACAAAAGUAAAAAUUUAAAAUACGAGAAGAGAAAUACAACACUGGUGGUAUAUAUCUAUACCUAUAUAUAUAUAUAGAUAUAUAUAUCUUUAGUGCACAUCCAAAGCAGCCCUCGGGUCUUACCCAGAAGGCAAGCCUCGUGCGAGAGCUACAGCAGUUUCAGACCGAUUCUUCAAGUAUCAAAGUGUCAAUGUUUAACCACAUUAAUGUUUUACAACAUCAAUGUUUAACCAAAUAUAUCUGUCAAUGUUUCAACGUCUCCAACAUAACGUGUUUUUGACCCACAUAUGCAGAGUGAAAGACGAAAUACAAAAACAUUCCUGGCGACACCCGCAGCAAGUGAGACCUUAUUGAGAGGAUUAUUCAGACCAUGGAAGGACGGUUCAAGUGUGUGUGUGUGUGUGUGUGUGUGUGUGUGUGUGUGUGUGUGUGUGUGUGUGUGUGUGUGUGUGUGUGUGUGUGUGUGUGUGUGUGUGUAUGUGUGUGUGUG